AUACAUUUUACAACUAACGAUAGAAACUAAUAUAGAAACGCAUGACAUCAAAAAACUUUAAAAAAAACAUAAUUAUAUUUUAAAAUAUUAAAAAAUAUAUAAACCAUGAAAAGAGUACAUGUGGACAACUACACACCGAAGUACUACAGUGGCAAGUGGUCCUGGAGCACCGAAAAGGAUUGCCUGGAAUUCGAGCCGCACAACGAUCUGGAGGAUGCCAGGGAGCGCUACAUCACCACCAAUGGCUACAAGUUCCUGCGCAUAAUCGACCAGGAGGAGGAGCUCAUCUUCCGGCAGGCUUAUGUGCGGGAUACGGGCACCUAUGACUUUGACACCUUGGUGAUCAACGACGUCCGCGACCUGGUUCUCUUCCUGAUGCCAAGCGAUUUCCUGACCUACCGGUUCGUGGAGUUCAUGCACCGCCCGGCGGUUCACCGUCUGAUCCAUGCGCUCGUCAUUUACUUCGAGUACUUCCUGCGGAUGGUGGAGUUUGUGCUGGUGCGACGCGAUGAGCUGGCCGAUCAGAUCCAAAGCGAUCAGACCAUCGAUAUGAAGAAGACCUUCUCGAUCUAUCUCAGCCAGUAUCGACUCCUGGUGGCCCGCAACUACAGCGUAAUCCUGAAGGGAGACGGUGACAUGUCCAAGUACUACCAUAUGAAGGAGAUUAUCAAUAUUUCGGAUACCAGUCGCGACCGGGUCUUCCACGAACAGUUCCUGGCCGUGAUGACCCAGAUCGUUUGGAUCUGCAUGCAUCGCCGUGCGUACAACGUCAUUGAGAUGGAGAUGAACCGUCUUUUUCGGUCCGACCACUUCGUUAUGGCACGUCCGGAGUAUCUAAGCUUUACGCCGGCGGAGCGGAGUUUACUGUAUGGCCGUAACCAUAGGAUCGUCAACUAUCGCACCCAGGUAUCGCCGCUCGUCCAGGAGUUGGAGCACGUGGAGGAGGAGGACAUGCCCAUCCUGUGGAUUGGCGAGCGCAAGUAUCGAGGCAACGACAGGCGCAUUGCCGAGAUGGAGCUGGAGUACAUUGUGCCGGGACCACAACUGCGUAUGAUCGAUGUGGCACACGGCAUACUGGGACAUCCAAAGGAUCUGUACAACACCAUUCUCGACCUGGACUGGCCCACAGUUCGCUACUCUAACUUUUCGCUGGGCUACGAUCCGUACCACAUCAUGCGCCAGCCGCAUCUGGAUAUUCCCAGGAUCGAUGCCUUGAAAGUGCGCAAGAUGAGCGAAAACUACGAGCACUUCUACAAGGUAUAUCGCAUCUACGAGCCGCACAGCCUGCAGAUCCUGAGGAAGUGGCUCAAGCGGGACAAGCUCGUCCAGUUCUAUCGCUCUGGGGGGCUGCUGCUCACCAACGUGGUGUCCCGGUGCGAGAAGGAACUGGCCGAAAAGGUACCGGUCACCAAGGUCGACCAGGUCAUCUCGAACUACUUCAAGGUGAAGUCCAGGCUGCGCAAGGGAUCGCCAUAUGAAGUGGACAACAUCAGCAUCACCUCCUCGCGCAUCGGGGGCUUCAAUUCGCCACGCCAGAAGAAUACGCCCCAGGAAUACUAUUUCGAUUGAUGGGUAAAUGGCCAAAUAAUUCAAAAUUAUAAUUUCGUGAAUAAAAUACUUAUGAGUCUUGCA